UGUGUGUUGUGUUUUUUAAGGUUACCCGUCGGGCGACGCCGAGCACGAGUAGUCUGGAGUACCGCCUAGCCUCGUAAGCCAAGGCUCCGGAUUCCAACCUGGCAACCGUGCAAGCUUCACCUGGGGCGAGACGUGCGUCUAAAGUUGGCUUGAAAAUAUCUGGCGCGUGGCCUUUUCUGACGCGCGCACAACGGACGGCACGGGACGUCGGAGUGUGGGCCAUCGCAGAUAAUGAACUUCGCCGUUGACGCGCCAGGGCCACCAGACCAAGCAGCACCGACAACGAGGAGCAACAACAGCAGACAGAAGCAGCAGAACAAACUGCGCUAUCAUUGCGAUUCUGGAGCGUGACAGCACCGGUUUUGCUCUGGAGCCGUACAAGCUUUUCCCCGCUGACCAGUUCGUCAUCGUGGAGCAGGUGGUUGGCCCGGAAGAUGUGUUGACUACGGAUAGCGGCGAGGAGCCCAGCGUUACGACAGCUAGUAGUCAGGCCAACGCCUCGAUCACCACUUUGACGAACAUGUGCACCACACCCGGGAAUACCGGCACCGGGUUUGGCUACGCAUGGUCAUUUAGCGGACCCGGCAGCGAAAGCCGGGAACCCACACCCUCCGAGAACAAUAUUGCCGGUACCAUCAGCUAUGCCGCGGUCAACAACAACCAAGACCAGACGAACAGCCCCAAGAUCCAAAUUGACAUCAAAUCCGCCAAACAGCAACAACAGCAGCAGCAGCACCAGCAGAACAGCUCGGGUGGAAGUGCGGCUCACGCCCGGAGGACGACCAUGUUCGCUAUGAGCGACGCCGCGUGCCAGCAGCAAGCCACCCCGACGACCACGAGCCACCACGGUCAUUCAACAACGGUCAGCAGUCACAAUCAGACUGCCGCUCACGUGACGCACGUGCGCACAAAGAAGCACGGUCACGAGGUCUUCGCGCUAACCACGGCGCCGACCUGCGACAAGCACAACUGCAACUGCGACGCUCACCACACUGCCGGUGCCCCGGCUUCCAUAUUUCCAAACACCCUGGUAUUUGCCACUGACAAGCACGCGAUGAGCAAACACUUCAUGACGCCCCUCGGACCGCUUCAGCUUACCGCCGAGGAGUGCAACGAGAUCUUGAUGAAGCGCGCCCAGGCAGCAACCGGCACGAGUUCCAACAACGUGCCGGGCAAUCAAAGCGACACCGGGGCACACUUUGGUCACGUUCUCACCCACGUCAACACCAGUCCGAUCGAUUCGAAAGUCAAGACCCAGCAAGACAUCGCCUCUCAGGCGCGUGUCCCAAAAGAGCGACCGUACUCGUGCACCGAGUGCGGCAAGUCCUUUUUGUUGAAGCACCACCUUACCACCCACGCGAGAGUCCAUACCGGCGAGCGGCCCCACAUCUGCGUGCAUUGCGGCAAGAGCUUUGCGCACAAACAUUGUCUGCACACUCACCUGCUGUUACACAGCGCUGACAGGCCCUUCCAGUGUCGGGAGUGCAAAAAAUCCUUCACCCUCAAGCACCAUCUGGUCACACACACCAGAGUCCACACCAGGGAGCGUCCCUUCAUCUGUCCCGAGUGCGGCAAGGCUUUUCCUCUGAAGCGUCAUUUGGUGACGCACAGCAAGUUCCACACCGGUGAAAGGCCAUUUGUUUGUGAAGAAUGUGGCGAAUCAUUUGCCCAGAAGGAACACUUGACCAUGCAUUCACGCUUCCACGGUAGUUUGCAUCCGUUCGUCUGUCCCGACUGUGGCAUGAGUUUCCAGAGGAAGUUCGAACUGGUCAAUCACGGCCGCCUCCACGGCAGGAUACCUCACUCUUGUACAGUCUGUGGCAAGGAAUUCCUGCAAAAAAGGACUCUGAUGGCUCACACGCGCCUACAUACCGGCGAAACGCCUUUCGCGUGCACGGUUUGCGGAGAAGCCUUCUCUAGAAAACCUGACUUGAUAGCCCACUCCAAGAUACACAAUAGCAGUAAUCCUGAUUCAGAUAUUAAACCAUUUACAUGCCGGGAAUGUGGAUUGGAAUUUACAAACAAGGAGGCUCAAACUUUGCAUUUAAGGUUACAUUCGGCGGAUAGAACACUUGUUACUGACCUUUGUGGUCUUGCUGCGUCAUUUCAACAGUCGGGACAUUUUCUCACAAACACUUCUGUUGCACAUCAGAUAAAUGGUCCGCUAGGAUCAGUCAUUAGCCAUAUGCACGGUGCCACCCAGACCUCUCCACCGGUUGGCUCGGGACCUAAGCCUAGGCCCCACCUUUGUCCCGACUGCGGGCGUGGCUUUGCCCAAAAGCACGGCCUCUCGCAGCACCAGCGUCGACACACGGAUGGUAGCUGUCACAUCAGGUCGCAUGUUUGCGACAAGUGUGGCAAAGCCUUUUUCCAAAAGAACCAUCUGCUACUUCACCAGCGCCAGCACAUGGACCCGCCGCCUAGUAUACUGCGUCAGCAGCAGCGCCAAGCAGCUCAGGCAGCUGCUCAAGCGGCCCAGAACGCUGCCAACGGCGGCGGUACCCAGGUAAUCACUGUUGACAACUGUCAAGUCGACACCAAGAUAGCGCUGCAAGUGAUACAGCAGCAAGUUCAGGCGCAACAGCAAGCUGCCGCUCAGCAGCAAGCUUCCCAGCAACAGGCUGCUCAACAACAAGCAGCUGCCCAACAGCAAGCUAGCCAACAACAACAAGCCAGCCAGCAACAGCAAACAAGUCAGCAGCAGCAGCAAGCGCAACAACAGCAACAGCAAACAUGUGUUGAUACUAAAGCAAUACAGUUAAACGUCACCAUGUGAGACGCUUUCGCGAAUUAUGAUCGAUCGUUAGCCAAUCGAGUUCGAGUUCUCGUUAGCGCACCCACGCCGGCUGCCACCGCCGAACCCUCUGCACGUGCCGCACUUUUCUUGUACUAACAGUAACGCAAUAGAUAUAUUUAUUAUCUUUAGAGAUUUUCCAAGUAUAAGGUAAUCAAUUUUAUUACAAGACAAGAGUAUAUACAGACUUGAGAGACAAUGGGAAUAAAUUGAAUAAAAAAGUUUAACAAAUUAUACAUAAGUAAGUAAGGCUUGUAACAAGGAAGUAAAAGUAACCGUAUAUUAAUGUUUUACAUAUACUUUACAUAUAUUACCUAUAAAUAUGUACUUUAGAUAAGUAUGAAAGGUGAAAGAAUGACAAGGUUUGAUGAGUUAAAAAAAUAAACGGCUUAUAAACUAACUCAACUCAACUACUGCAUUACAAAGGUUUUUCCUCACAUUGAGAUAAAAGUUUUUUUCUUCGUGCACUUUAAGAAUAUCGGUUAUAAUUUUCCACCUUUAAAAAGCUCUACUGAAAAUCUUUUGUUCAAUUGAAACUUACCACGUUGUAGAUGAUGGAAAGUAUUAAAGAAUCGUGUGAGUAACUGAAAAAGAAAAGAGACUUCUAAUGCGCGUGCUUAUUCGUUUUUAAAAAUUACAACCAGAGUUAUUCACAAGAUUUUUUCGUACUUUAUUUUCUACUACGUGAUGAGUUUGAAUAAGUUUAAAUAAUUUUUUUAACCUCUCUCUCUCUCUUUGAGAGGUAUUA